AUGCCGCCGGCCGCCGCGCCGUGGUCGUGGGCGUGCUGCGGCCGCCGGAGGAAGAGCGCCGGGGGCGGUGCGGGGGACGGCGACGGCGCCGGCGCGUCGGGGCGGGAGGGGGACCAGUGGACGCUCUUCAUCGACCUGCCCGUGCUGGAGGCCGCCACCGCCGGCUUCUCCGACGGCAACCUGCUCGGCCGCGGCGGCUUCGGCCCCGUCUACAAGGGCGUGAUGGAGGGCGGGCAGGAGAUCGCGGUGAAGCGGCUGUCGCUGGAGUCGCGGCAGGGGGUGCGGGAGUUCCUCAACGAGGUGCGGCUGCUGCUCAAGGUGCAGCACCGCAACCUCGUCUCCCUCCUCGGCUGCUGCGCCGCCGCCGGCCAGAAGAUGCUCGUCUACCCCUACUUCCCCAACGGCAGCCUCGACCACAUCCUCUUCGAACAGUAUACAGAACACAGAAGAACUGCUCUGUUAUCUGAACCUGCACUGAAUCGCUUACUUUCAGACAGGGAGAAGAGGGUGCAGCUAGACUGGCCAAAACGGUACCAAAUAAUCCUCGGACUAGCAAGGGGCCUCCUGUACCUCCACGAAGAGUCUCCGGUGAAGAUCAUCCACAGAGACAUCAAGGCGAGCAACGUGCUCCUCGACGAGAAGCUGAACCCGAAGAUCUCGGAUUUCGGCAUGGCGAGGCUCUUCCUCGAAGACGCCACGCACGUGAACACAUUCAGGAUCUCUGGCACGUAUGGUUAUAUGGCUCCAGAGUACGCGAUGAACGGGUACCUGUCGACCAAGACCGACGUUUUCAGCUUCGGGAUGCUCGUGCUGGAGAUCGUCAGCGGGAGGAAGAACAUCGACCGGCAUCUCGGCGACGAAAAAGUCGACCUGUUGAAUUACACAUGGAAACUGUCAGAGGAAGGGCGGUCACUGGAGAUCGUGGACCCGGGCCUGUCCGGGUGGGACGCCGGCGAGGUGGCGAUGUGCGUCCAGCUCGGGCUGCUGUGCUGCCAGGCCGUCGUGUCGGACCGGCCGGACAUGUACAGCGUGCACCUCAUGCUGUCCAGCGACUCCUUCACGCUGCCCAAGCCCGGGAAGCCGGCGGUCCACGGCCGGGUCGGCCGGUGGAAGAGCACCGCCGGCUCGGCGUCCAGCUCCGCCUCCGGCGCGAACACGAACAGCACUUUCGCCACCGACACGACCAAGGCCUCGACGCUGGGAAACAUUGCUGAAGAUGAAUCCAGGAACUCCAUUUCCAUAUCCUUCACCACUGAAGGCCGGUAA